ACUUGGAACGUGAUCGAGGGAGGUUGUGUCGCGCCAUUCUCCGGGUGAUUCACUCUCACACGAGAUCUUGCGUUGUGCUAAUCCUCUCCCUGCCUGACACGAUGCCUGCGAACGUGGAGGCUAGCAGUACUCUGGUGUUCUUCGUGAACGGGAAGAAGGUUGAAGACGCUGACGUAGAUCCAGAAGUGACGCUCCUGACUUAUCUGCGCAACAAAUUGCGUCUUUGUGGAACUAAACUCGGCUGCGGGGAAGGAGGAUGCGGAGCCUGUACAGUGAUGCUGUCCAGAUACGACCGACGACGAGAUAGAGUCGUCCACUACUCGGUCAACGCGUGCCUGGCCCCCGUGGCGGCGGUGCACGGGCUGGCGGUGACGACGGUGGAGGGCAUCGGGUCGACGCAGACGCGCCUCCACGCGGUGCAGGAGCGGAUCGCCCGCGCCCACGGCUCCCAGUGCGGCUUCUGCACGCCCGGCAUCGUCAUGUCCAUGUACACGCUGCUCAGGAACCACCCGAAGCCGUCCAUGGAACAGCUCGACGAGUACUUCACAGGGAACCUCUGUCGGUGCACAGGAUACCGACCUAUCUUGGAGGGAUUCAGAGGCCUUACCACCGACGCCUCAGCAGGAGGCGGAUGCGGCAGGAAAGACUGCUGCAAACUGAAGGCAAAAGAUGCCUCGGAGACGAACGGCCGUCUCGACGAUACGGGUCCCAAGGCGCAGAACGGAGAGACUGAAGUGCAGCUUGGGGAAGUGAGUGACGUCACGCACGUUCUCUACGACGCAGAGGAAUUUCGACCUUACGAUCCCACCCAGGAGCUUAUUUUUCCCCCUGAGCUUAAGGUGCAAACAGAGUGGGAGAACCAGUACGUUGAAUUCCGCGGGCCUCGUGUGACCUAUCACAGGCCUAACUCCCUGUCGCAACUCCUGAAGCUGAAGGCAGAGCACCCCCAAGCGCGGAUUAUUGUCGGCAAUACUGAAGUCGGUGUCGAAGUGAAAUUCAAGAACCAGACUUACCCAGUGCUCAUCAACCCAACCAACAUCCCAGAAUUGACAGCCGUGACAGUGACAGAGACAGGAGUGACAUUCGGUUCGUCGGUCACUCUCACGACGAUCGAAGACACGCUGAGACAGCAGGUCAAUAAGCUACCAGAGUAUCGAACUCGGGUCUUCACCGCCAUCCUGGAAAUGCUCCGCUGGUUCGCCGGGAAGCAGAUCAGGAACGCAGCGGCCAUAGGAGGUAACAUCAUGACGUCAUCACCAAUCAGUGACCUUAACCCGCUCUUGAUGGCUGCGGGGGCGGUCCUCACAGUGAGAAGCGCCGAAGGCGGGAUGCGAGAAGUCGUGAUGGACGAGCACUUCUUCACGGGAUACAGAAGGAAUGUGGUUCGACCUGAAGAAAUCCUUGAGGCUGUUCAUAUUCCUUACAGUCGCGAGAACGAGUACUUCCUGGGCUACAAGCAGGCCCGGCGGCGCGACGACGACAUCGCCAUCGUGAACGCGGGGAUGCGGGUCGCCUUCCGGAAGGACUCGCUCGCCGUCGCGCAGCUCCGCCUGGCCUUCGGCGGGAUGGCGCCCACCACGGUCAUGGCGCUCGCGACCAUGGAGAACCUGCAAGGACGCGACUGGGAUUCCUCUCUCCUGGAGGCCGCGACGACCUACCUCCUAAAGGACCUCCCGCUCGUCCCUUCUGCUCCGGGGGGCAUGGUGGAGUAUCGCCGGGCGCUCGCUAUAAGUUUCUUCUUCAAGUUUUACCUGAGCGUUCGGGGACGGCUCAGUGAGAAGUUUCCCUCGCUGGUGGAGCCUCUGACAGAAGACGAGCGGAGGGCGACCUCAGUGCAUCAACACACGACUCCCAAGAGCACACAACUCUUCCAGACGGUCACGCCAGGUCAGGAUAGGUUCGACCCCAUAGGCAGGCCGAUGAUCCACGCCGCUGCCCUCAAGCAAGCCGCCGGAGAGGCCGUGUACGUGGACGACAUGCCACACUUCCAGAACGAACUGUACGCGGCGGUGGUCCUCUCAACCAAAGCCCACGCCAGGAUCCUCAGCAUUGACGAGUCGGAAGCCCUGAAGGUCGAGGGCGUUGUGAGGUUCUUCUGCGCGAGGGACAUCCCGGACGAGAGAAACAAGACAGGUUGUAUUUUACCGGACGAGGAGAUUUUUGCAUCAGAGAAAGUUACCUGCGUGGGUCAGUUGAUAGGACUGGUUGUGGGGCAGGACCAGGCCACGGCGCAGAGAGCAGCAAAACUGGUGAAGGUCCAGUACCAAGAGUUGUCACCGAAAAUAGUAACGAUCCAGGACGCCAUCCGAGAGAAGUCGUGGUGGGGCCCUUGGACCAUCAAGAAGGGGGACGUCGAGACAGCCUUCGAGUCGUCCCCCAACGUCCUCGAGGGUGAGCUGCACAUGGGCGGCCAGGAGCACUUCUACCUCGAGACCAACGCCCACCUCGCUGUCCCCAAGCUCGAGGACGGGGAGAUGGAGCUGUUCACGUCCUGCCAGAACCCGACGAGGACGCAGGAGCAGGUGGCGGCAGCGCUGGGCGUGCCCUUCAACCGCGUGGUGUGCCGCGUCAAGAGGAUGGGCGGAGGCUUCGGCGGGAAGGAGUCCAGGACGACCGUGGCUUCCCUGCCCGUCUGCGUGGCGGCGGCAGCCCUCCAGCGCCCCGUCCGCAUGAUGCUGGACCGAGACGAGGACAUGCUCAUGACCGGCAACCGACACCCGUUCCUGGGCCACUGGAAGGUCGGAUUCACGAACGAGGGCGUCUUCACGGCCAUGGAGAUGGACUUGUACGCGAACGCCGGCAACUCGUACGAUCUCUCCGGUUCGGUCGUGCACAGAGCGAUGUUCAGUAUGGAUAAUGCUUACAAAUGUGAGAACAGACGCGUGACGGGUUAUGCCUGUAAGACCAACCUUUCGUCCAACACGGCUUUUCGAGGCUUCGGAGGCCCUCAGGGAAUGCUCUUCGCUGAGGACGUCGUUUCGAGAGUGGCCCAUCAUCUUCGGGUUGAUCCUUAUGAAGUACGAGCAAAGAACCUCUACAAUACCGGGGACUUGACUCACUUCGACCAACUGCUGGAGAAGUGCACCGUCAGGAGAUGCUGGGAGGAGGUCAUCCAUCAGGCCGAAUACCACAAGCGGAAAGAGGCGGUGGACUUGUUUAACGCAAACAACAAGUACAGAAAGCGGGGCAUAGCCGUCCUGCCCACCAAAUUCGGCAUCGCGUACACCGCUGUGUUCCUCAACCAGGCCGGGGCUCUCGUGCAUGUGUACACUGACGGCUCUGUCCUCCUGUCUCACGGCGGCACCGAGAUGGGCCAGGGACUUCACACCAAGAUGAUUCAGGUGGCCGCCAGGACUCUCAAGAUCCCAGCCUCCAGGAUCCUCAUCGCUGAGACAAGCACAGAUAAGGUCCCUAACACUUCUCCCACGGCCGCGUCUGCCUCGUCCGAUCUCAACGGAAUGGCGGUUUUGAAUGCUUGCAACACGAUCAUGCAACGGCUGGAACCCAUCAUUGCAAGCAACCCCAAAGGAAGCUGGAACGACUGGGUCAAAGCGGCGUACUUCGGCCGGAUCUCGCUCUCGGCCACGGGAUUCUAUAAAACCCCCGACAUCACCGGGUAUGACUUUGAGAAAGGGGAAGGUCGACCAUUCAAUUACUUCAGCUACGGCGCGUCUGUCUCUGAGGUCGAGAUAGACUGUCUCACGGGAGAUCACUCGGUCCUCCGCACGGACAUCGUGAUGGACGUCGGCGACUCGCUCAACCCCGCCAUCGACAUCGGGCAGGUGGAGGGCGCCUUCAUGCAGGGCCUCGGACUCUACACUUUAGAAGAACUCCGGUUUUCUCCCGACGGCGUGCUGCUCACUCGUGGCCCCGGCGCUUACAAGAUUCCAGGUUUCCAAGAUAUUCCGCGAGAGUUCAACGUGUCCCUUCUUCGCGGGGCGCCCAACCCAAGAGCGGUUUUCUCGUCCAAGGCCGUCGGAGAACCUCCUCUGUUCCUCGCAGCCUCGGUGCUGUUCGCCCUCAAGGAAGCCGUGGCAGCCGCUCGAGCCGACCAAGGCCUCGACCCCGUGUUCCGUUUCGACUCCCCGGCCACGGCUGAGAAGAUCCGAAUGGCCUGCCAGGACUUCCUCACGCAGAAGAUUGAGUCAGCGGCUCCGGGCACAUUCAAGCCGUGGUCGGUGACGGUGUAGGAGCGACUGCCCCCCCUCCCCCCCGCUUGUAAAUGCUCAACAUUUUUGCAAUUAUCAGGAAGAGAAUAGGAGAAAAAUAAUGUGAUAUUUUUUUACACUUUACAAGAAAUGUUGUUACGAAUGAAUAUGAAAUUUUGUGGGUACGUUCGGCUCGUGGAAGGAACGUAGCCUUAUAGAGUAAAUAUCACGCAGAUUUUUAUUUCUUUAUUUUUUUCCCCUUCCUCCUUUCCUCUAUCUCCAUCUCCUCGCGACCAAAGCCUCUUCAGCUUCCCUUUUCUCAUCUUUACUUUUUCUCGUUUUGCUUUAUUCCUCCUCUCUGUCCUGCUGCACCCCUCUUCCUUCUUCUCCCUUUUCUUUCCUUCUCUUCUUCCAGUAAUUGUCCUUAUCCUUUGUGUUUUCUCCGUUUUUUCUUCUCCCUUUCCUCUUCCUCCUUUCCCCUCACCCACUUAUUGUUCUUUCCAUUUUGCUUCCUCUUCGUCUUCCUCUUCUACUUCGUCUUCCUCUUUCUCUUUCUCUUCCUCUUUUCAUUUCAUUUCAUUUUCUCUCUCUAUUAUCCGUGGCAUUUUGAAUUAACACGUAAAAAUAUACUAUGUAGUAAAUUGAAUGCAUUGUACAAAAAAUAUUCACAAUUAUCUCAUAUCAAAUACAUAUAUACAUAUACAUAUAUACAUAUAUAUAUUGUUAAGCUAUUGUCUGAUCUUUAUGUUAGCUAAUAACUUCAGAAUUUAAGAAAAAAAUCAAACAAACAAAAGCAUCAGUGACAACAAAAAAGCAAACAGAAAACGAAAAAAGUAACUGUAAUUUUAAUUAAUGAUAAGUUAUUUUUCUUUCGUUUUUAUAUAUUCUUCCAAUUUUCCCUUUCUUGUUUUUCUUUUCGUUCAUUAUUCUCUUCUUCGUGUCUCUAUGCCACCUUUGUUAUGUGUUAUUUCAUUUAAAAAAAAAUUGGUUUCGUUUUUUUAUUGUACAUUUUUUUCUUCCCCUUUUCGUCUUUUUUUAUUUUAUUCUCGGCCAUCAUUUCUCUUCCUUCUUUUUUUUUCUGCAGCUUCAUCUAUACUAUCUCUCUUUUUUCUUUUUUUUUCUCUUCAUUUUACUUCGUCUUCUUCUUACUUUCCUUUCCCUUUACACUUUUCUUCCUUCCCAUCUCUUUAUACGGCCAUCCAAACUUCCGUCCCUGUAUCACUCAAACUGUGUUUUGAUUAAAAAAUAAAAAAUAAACAUUAUAUUUACUAAAAAAUUGUAAAAUAUCAUGGACUAUAACAUGUUUUUAUUAACUUUUUAUCUAUGAAUUUAAAUCCUUCAUUAGGAUAUCUAAAUAGGAUUUUUGUUUACCUCAUAAUUAUUGUUGUUGUUAACAUUACUAUAUUUAUUGUUAUCUAAAAUAAUUAGCAUAUUGGGUUUUAAAGAAUAAGGAAAUCAGAUAAGAUAUAUUAUUUUUAGAAAUUAUAAACUGAGGGAAGGAAAACAAUUAAAUAUUUACUAACUUUUAAAAUGAAUGCAUGUAUUUUGUCUGUCUUUUUAUGUACAGUUCAACACACAUUUUACUAAGGUAGUUCAACGGAAACUAUUUUACGAAUGUUUAUAAACUUUCUCAUAAGAGAAGACUUACACGUUUUAGCUACCUAAUUUUAUAAAUAUAUUUUGUAUGUCUAUUUUGGUAAUAUUUGUACCAUCUUUGACUUUUUAUUGUGCCUUCUUUCAUGGUCAAAUGUGUAUGCAGGUUUGCGUCCACAAGGUAAUUAAUGUGGGUAUGAAUAAAGGUGAAGAUUAAUUU